CUGGACCCCCAGAUAGUUUCCUCCUUGCUCUGUGUACCCUGCCCGGCACCAUUCUACCCACCGCCCCGGAUGAGCUUUGACCGGAGAACGAGAACCGAGCGGCCGGGGAGAGGCCUAGUCUGUCCCGCGCCUACUGCCCCAGUAUCAAUGUCCGGCCUGUAGCCCCCCAUCCCCUUUGACUACUCCCAUCAGCAGUCAGCGCAAGGGACUGGCCAUUCAUGUAAAGCAACGGGGCCUGGGGUGGUUUUGCAACGGGGAAGUGGUGUAAAGAAACCUGUAGAAUUUCUGUCUCUGAGUCAUGGCAGACAGAAGAUUGGAGAAUUUCUGUGAACAAGCAUGUGAAUCUCUCAGAAGGCAAGAGUAUGAAGCAGUGGUGUCUCUAUGUACUGAGGCUCUUCGGGCCCUCAGCCACUACAAAACCGCUCACACCAAUGAAUCCAACCAGACAGAACUCAGUCGGAUCCAGACUGAAAGCCUACUGUACAGAAUUGUGUCCUUUCUGCAGCUGAAAAACUAUGAUCAAGCAGAUGAAGACUGCAGGCAUGUUCUGGGGCCAUGUCGCACCCGGCUAGACAGCUCGGUUCAUGCAGUGCUGUGCUCUUUGCACCUGGAAGGGAAGCUGCAGGCUGUGUCAAAUGUUCUGUCCAAAUGUCUGGCUGGGGAGACUCUGAAUGGCUUGGUAACCAAGGAUCUAACUCAACUGAAAAUGCUCCUGGCUGAAAUUGAGACUGUCAGUAACACGGUCCGGUCCAGUUACCAUAGUGAUGAUCUGGAAGAUGGGUCCCAAGAUGGAUGGCAGUUCCGCCCCCCUCCCCGGGGUGUGACGAGCAGCGAGGAAUACACGUUAUGUAAGAGGUUCCUGGAGCAGGGGAUUUGCAGGUACGGAGCACAGUGCACUUCCGCGCACUCCCAGGAAGAGUUGGAGGAAUGGCAGAAACGCUACGCCUCACGCCUCAUCCGACUCAAGCAGCAGAAGGAAAACACCCAGUUUUCUGGCAGCUAUAUGGAAAGUUUAAUAGAAAAAUGGAUGAACUCAUUGUCACCAGAGAAAGUGCUCAGCGAGUACGUGGAAGGAGUGCAUGUGGAGUACAGUCCUGACCUCUCUGUCACUGUCACCACCAAAAAGUCACAUCAAACAUGGACCUUUCUUCUCACUUGUAAGCCUGCACGACUCCUACAGCGGGUGGCGCUCCUCUAUGAUGCACACAGACCUCAUUUCAGUAUUGUUGCAAUAGCUGCUGGAGACAGCAACUCUCAAGUACCCCAGCUAGUCCCAGAAAGUUGCCAGGAAUGGGUGGGAGAGAAGAUGGCACAGAACGGGUUGGACCAUUGCAUAUACAAAGUAGCGAUAGAAUUUACCACAGAGAUCUUUGGAACUUUCCGGCAAACGAUUGUGUUCGACUUUGGUGCAGAGCCCGUUCUUAUGCAGAGAAUAAUGGUGGAUGCUGCAUCCACUGAAGACCUUGAAUACUUGAUGCAAGCUCGGCAGCAGCUGCUAACGACAGCCAAACGCUGGGAUUCCAUGUCAAAGACUAUUGUAGAGUUUGAACCCAAUGAAACUACUGAAUUGGAAAGGAGCUUGCUUGGCCGAUACCAAAUUCCCCUCUCUGCUGAUCAGUUGUUUACACAGUCUGUCCUGGACAAAACCCUGACCAAGUGCAACUAUCAGUCUCGCUUACACGACUUGCUCUACAUCGAGGAGAUUGCACAGUACAAGGAGGUUAGCAAGUUUAAUAUCAAGGUGCAGCUGCAGCUGGUAGCAAGCUUCUUGCUGACUGGUGUAACUGGAGGUGCAAAAUAUGCCCAGAAUGGACAGCUCUUUGGACGCUUUAAACUCACUGAGACACUUUCUGAAGAUACUUUGGCUGGGAGACUGGUAAUGACCAAAGUGAAUGCUGUAUAUUUGCUGCCUGUCACAAAGGAGAAAUCGGUUCAGAGCCAGGGCACCAAAGAGAAGGUUUAUGAGGCGGUUAUCGAGGAGAAAACCAAGGAGUUUAUUUUCCUGAGAAUAUGCAAGGACUGCUGUGAAGAGCUCAAGCUCAAACCUGAUCGGGAGAUGCAGGUUGAGCUUCAGUUCCAGCUGAAUAGGCUUCCCCUCUGUGAAAUGCACUAUGCCUUGGACAGAGUCAAGGACAACAGCAUCCUGUUUCCAGAUCUGAGCAUGACUCCACCUAUACCGUGGAGUCCCAACAGGCAGUGGGAUGAGUUGCUGGACCCCCGGCUAAAUGCAAAGCAGAAGGAAGCGAUCUUGGCCAUCACCACCCCCCUUUCUGUACAACUUCCUCCUGUCCUCAUUAUUGGCCCAUAUGGGACCGGCAAAACUUUCACGCUGGCUCAAGCCGUAAAGCACAUCCUAAAACAGCAAGAGACCAGGGUUCUUAUCUGCACCCAUUCCAACAGUGCUGCUGACCUCUACAUCAAGGAUUACUUGCAUCCUUACGUUGAAACAGGGAAUCCCCAAGCCAGACCACUCAGGGUAUAUUUCCGAAAUCGCUGGGUAAAGACUGUCCACCCAGUGGUGCACCAGUACUGUCUGAUAUCCAGCACGCAUGCUGUCUUUCAGAUGCCCCAGAAGGAGGAUAUACUGCAACACCGGGUGGUGGUGGUUACACUGAGCACGUCUCAAUACCUAUGCCAGUUGGAUCUAGAACCCGGGUUUUUCACACAUAUCCUGUUAGAUGAAGCGGCACAAGCCAUGGAGAGUGAGACUAUUAUGCCCCUCGCAUUGGCAAACAAAAGUACAAGGAUCGUUCUGGCUGGAGACCACAUGCAGCUCAGCCCAUUUGUGUACAGCGAAUUUGCCAGAGAGAGGAACCUGCACGUCUCAUUACUUGACCGACUGUAUGAACUGUACCCUGUAGACUUUCCCUGUCGUAUUCUGCUGUGUGAGAAUUACCGUUCACAUGAAGCCAUCAUAAACUACACCUCAGAGCUAUUCUAUGAGGGCAAACUGAUGGCCAGUGGCAAGCAACCCUCGCACAAAGACUUCUACCCUCUAACUUUCUUCACAGCACGUGGGGAGGACAUACAAGAGAAGAACAGCACUGCUUUUUACAAUAACGCAGAGGUAUUUGAAGUAGUGGAGCGUGUGGAAGAGUUACGGAGGAAAUGGCCUGUGGCCUGGGGCAAAUUGGACGAGGGCAGCAUUGGAGUGGUAACACCAUACGCAGACCAAGUUUUCAGGAUUCGUGCAGAGCUUCGGAAAAAACGCCUGUCAGAAAUCAGUGUGGAAAGAGUGUUGAAUGUUCAGGGGAAACAGUUCCGGGUCCUAUUCCUCAGUACAGUCCGAACGCGACACACAUGCAAACACAGACAGACUCCAAUCAAGAGGAAGGAACAGCUCCUGGAAGAUUCCACCGAAGAUUUGGAUUAUGGUUUCCUCUCCAAUUAUAAACUACUCAACACCGCCAUUACCCGUGCCCAGUCCCUGGUGGCUGUGGUGGGCGAUCCCAUUGCUUUAUGCUCUAUUGGAAGGUGCAGGAAGUUUUGGGAGCAAUUUAUCACCAUAUGCCAUGAAAAUAAAAGCCUUCACGGCAUUACCUUCGAGCAGAUCAAAUCCCAGCUAGAGGCCUUAGAGCUGAAGAAAACAUAUGUGCUCAAUCCACUGGCUCCUGAAUUCAUUCCCCGGGCCCUCCGACAGCAGCACUCAGGAAAUUCUUCUAAGCAGCAGCAGUCACCCCCAAAGUGUAAGGGGCACCACAAUCAGAAUGACCACUUUCUAGGAGACGGACUAGUUCAGCCAAACCCCUCUGUUUUGAUUGGCAAUCCUAUCCGGGCCUACACACCACCACUGGGCCCACACUCCAACAUAGGAAAGUCUCCUAGUCCUGUGCAGAGAAUUGAUCCACACACCGGCACCAGUAUUCUUUAUGUGCCUGCCGUCUAUGGAGGAAACAUGGUCAUGUCUGUGCCUUUACCUGUACCGUGGCCCAGUUAUCAGGGCAGGUUUUCUGUUGACCCUCGGCUUAUGACACACACAGCUAUGGCGUAUAACAUGAACCUCCUCCAGGCACAUGGCCGCGGCUCCCCCAUCCCAUUUGGCGUUGGUCAUCAUUCUCCUGUCAACGUUGGGGCCCCCCAGCAACCCCUUCAGCACCCAGACAAAGAUCAACAUGAGCAGCUUCGUAAUGGUAAAAGCGAAAACAAUCAAGGAGCAAAUCUGAAUAAGCUUCGUACUCCAGAGAAAAAGCCUCCAGAAUCUAAGCAGGGUGACAUGGACCCAAAUGCACAGAGAAGUCCAGAUUCCAGAGGAAACCCCACUUUUCUUACUCCUAAAUUUCAUCGUAAAGAUAAUCCCAGUCAGAGACACCUGAAUGUUCACCUGGCCCCCCCACAGCCGCAGUUCCCUUUGCCAAAUCGGAACUACCAGCACCUCUCCCAGCUCCAGAGGCCACCAUUUUCCAUACAGCAGCAGAACAUGCUUACUCAGCAACAGAACCAUUUAUCUGAACUACAAAACCAAAUACCUCCACAGCCAGGCCAGUUAGUCCCACAGCAUAACCAUUUAAAUCAGCAGACGCCACAAGCCUCGCAGCUUUCUCCUGCUUUCCCUCCUGGACCCAAUCACUCAUUCUUUAAUAACCCUAUGCCUGCUCGACCUCAUUCUCCAAGUGUAGAUGGAAUGAUGUCUGAACAGCCACCUCCUCCCAUGCUUCAAGAUGUCAACACUCUUCGGUCUGUUCCCCAGCAUAACCCACUGCUCUCAUCACAUAUGAAUAAUUUUAUCGAAGAGAGCCCUCACUGCAUGGGUGCUGGUGACACGCUGGAUCGUUUACAUGGCAACGUGGCCUUGGAAACAUUAAGGCAACAGCAGACACGAAUACAGCAAUGGAAUGAACACAGUGCUUUCCUCAGUCAAGGCAACAUCCCCUACCCACACCACCCUCACCUGCAGCAUCUUCCUCAGCAAGCAUUGGGGAUCCCCCAACAGCAACUAGUGCGACCAAACUGGAAGAUCCCCAGUGCUGAGGAGGAAUCUGAAGUGGCUUACUCAAGGUUUCAGGAGUUUUUACGAGAGCUUUCGCAUCAUGAUCCCAUCGAAGGCAGAGACCUAUCGGAAAUGCCACCCCCCCAAUCCAGACUGUUACAGUACAGGCAGGUCCAGGCCAGAAGCCCACCAGCACUAUCAUCCCCUUCCUCUAGCCAUGGUGGCCAGUACCCGAACUUUAAUGAAAAUAGCCGAGACAUGGAGAUGACCAACAACCCAGCAUUUGCCCAGCACAUGACACACAUGUAUCCCUUGCCACCUGGACACACAACACCCCCACCCCUCAAAUACCUGCAACAUGAUGGAUCAUGGACCUAUGCUAGCCUUGCUCAAAAUCCCUUAAUGGGACAAGGAUUUCAUUAUGGCAUGUCCCCUAUUCAGCACAGACCCCCACAGAACCCAUUCAUACAUCAGUUACAGAACCAUCAGCAGCCAGCCAGUCAGGAAUCAUUUCAUGCACCUGCAUCUCGAGCAGUAUCCACCUCUUCACUCCACACCCUAGAAGAGUAUGAGCCUAGAGGACCUGGGAGGCCGUUGUACCAAAGAAGAAUUUCUGCAAGCUCACUACAUACUGGUUCCGAUGAUUUAGGCAUCUGUCUGGAGAGCCUUGGGCAACGUAAGGAUCUAGAAGAGCAGACUAACCAACCCCCAUUCAGCUACUCGUCCCCAGAGAUGUGGAUCAGUGGCGCACCUUCUGCUACCUACCAGAACAUUCCAUGCAAUGGAUCCAGCAGAACAGUACCACCCAGGGACAUGUUAGUUGCUCCACCAAAAAUGGCGAAACCUCCGGACGACCAGCUGAAAGCAGAAAACAUGCAGCUCCCUGCUUCAUUCAACUACAAUGUCUUGCAGCACCUCGGCCAGUUCCCGCCGCUCAUGCCCAACAAACAGAUUGUAGAUCCGAAUGGCGCAGCAGCCAUGCAGCAAAGUGUCGGCUGCAACAAACCCACCAUGUCUUAUGCCAGCGCCCUGCGCGCUCCACCCAGGCCCAAGCCCCCUCCAGAGCAGGCAAAAAAAAAUAGUGACCCUUUGUCUUUGUUUCAGGAACUAAGCCUAGGCAGUUCAUCAGGUAAUAAUGGCUUUUACUCCUAUUUUAAAUAAAUGCCCCCACCAACCCUACUAUGGAUUUUAUAAUGCGACACCCCUACAUUUUAUUUUUUCUUUUUGUAGAAAAAAACUUUCUGUUUUAGCUUUUUGGUUGAUGUUGAUGAGUAAAAUAGACUCAGCCUUACCUUUCAGACAUUUUAUUUUCUCUUUGUAUGCGUGUGAAGAAACACAGAUGUAUGUAACGAUGCGCGUUCGCAUAUAUCCCCAAGGAUCAGAAGAAAUACAUGUUUUGGGUGUGUAAUAUUUGACAUCAUUACGUCUGUGUAACCCUGCCUACUGCGCCUAAUAGCUGCUUCACUCAGGUGCCCCACAAUCCGGGGUUUGAUGAAUACUGUCCCUGUUCAGUCAUGUUGCAGAUGAUUAGUGCAGCGCCUGAGGGUGGAGCAGCUCUCUGGGCAGGGUCACAAUGCCCAUGUAGCAUAGAUAAGUGUGUGGAUAUACUGUAUAUGGAGGCACAUGCACUGCCAUACAUACAGUACAUGCAAACAUGGAUUUGUAUUUAUAUGUGUGUUAUUUUUAAAUCAACAGUUCAUAGCUAUGCUGCUAAAUUUGUGUCGUAAAAAAAAAAAAAAAUCACAGACGUUUGGAGUAGAAAGUAUCAAUUUGCUAAUCGACAUGGGUUCAUCCUUUGCUUUUAUGUGAAAGAGCAAUUUUUUUCCCUAAGUGUCAUAUAUCUCACUUUACUUCUUAGCCUGGGAAUUCCAUGGGCUCUGUAAAAAAAAAAAAAAAUUAAAAUUAAAAAAAUUAAAAAAAAAAAA